CACAAGGUGAGCAUCACAGUGAUUCAUUCAACCGGGCGGAGAGGGGCAGCUGUUUCAAGCGACGGGAGCUUUUCCAAGCCAAGGAAUUAAAAACGGGAGUCAAGACUCAGUCGAGGAAAAAUCCUACUGAAAGACACAACUAGCUCAAGGGCCAUGGCGGACGUUGGAGAGGUUUUGAUGUCAGUUUUGUCCACAAUCCGGGUCCCCAGGCCCGGGGACCGUGUCCACAAAGACGAAUGCGCCUUGUCAUUUUCGUCGCCGGAGAGCGAGGGGGGUCUGUAUGUGUGCAUGAACACUUUCCUCGGCUUUGGCAGUCAGUAUGUGGAUCGGCACCAUGCUCGGACUGGUCAGCGGGCUUACCUGCACUUCACCCGCACCCGUAAAGCUCAGUGUGUUGUCUUACAGAAGGAGGAUGAUAAUAACUCUAGCUCUGGGGACCCUCCUAAGAAGAAACCCACCAGACUGGCCAUAGGGAUCGAAGGAGGUUUCGAUGUGGAACAGGAUCAAUAUGAAGAGGAUGUUAAGGUUGUCAUCUUCCCGGACAGGCAGCAAGUGACCUCAGAGGACCUUGCCACCAUGCCAGACGUUGUUAAAGAAAGGGUGUCUCUAUCCAUGGCGGGUUUCAUGUCUGCAGACUCAGUGUCUCAUGCCUUGCAAGUCCAGCAGUGGGACGGGGAGGUACGACAGGAGUCCAGACAUGCCGUUGAUCUCAAACAACUCGACAACGGACUCAAAAUCCCACCCAGUGGCUGGCGCUGUGAGGUGUGUGACCUGCAGGAGAACCUGUGGAUGAACCUGACCGACGGCAAGGUGUUCUGUGGCCGCAGGUACUUCGACGGCACCGGGGGCAACAACCACGCUUUGCUUCACUUCCAACAGACUGGCUUCCCUCUCGCGGUUAAGCUGGGCACCAUCACCCCCGAUGGAGCAGAUGUGUAUUCCUAUGAUGAAGACGACAUGGUGCUCAACCCCAAGCUUCCAGAGCAUCUGUCACAUUUUGGCAUCGACAUGAUGACUAUGCAGAAGACGGAGCACACCAUGACGGAGCUGGAGAUCGCAGUGAACCAGCGGGUGGGCGAGUGGGAGGUGAUCCAGGAGUCCGGCACAUCCCUGCGGCCGCUGUCAGGCUCCGGGCUGACUGGCAUGAAGAACCUGGGCAACAGCUGCUACCUCAACUCGGUCAUGCAAGUGCUCUUCACUGUGCCCGACUUUCAGACCAAGUAUGUGUCCAACAUCCAGAAGAUCUUUGACGAGGCCCCGAGCGAUCCCACCCAGGACUUCAAAACCCAAGUAGCCAAGCUUGGCUACGGCCUUCUGUCAGGAGAGUACUCCAAACCUGCACCGGACCCCGGGGACGACAACGGCACAGCUGAGCCCAGAGGGGACCAGGUGGGCAUCGCUCCACGCAUGUUUAAAGCCCUGAUCGGACGGGGCCACGCGGAGUUCUCCACCAAUCGGCAGCAGGAUGCCCAGGAGUUUUUAUUGCACUUCAUAAACAUGGUGGAGAGGAACUGCCGCUCGGGGGCCAACCCGUCUGAGGCCUUCAGGUUCCUGGUGGAGGAGAGGAUCGUGUGUCAACAGUCCCACAAAGCCAAGUACACCCAGAGGGUGGACUACAUCCUGCAGCUGCCUGUGCCCAUGGACCAGGCCACCAACACGGAGGAGCUGCAGGAGGCUGAGCGUCGGCGCGAGGAGGCCGACUCCGGCCCCUCCCCGACCGUGAGGGCCAAGAUCCCCUUCAGCGCCUGCAUGGCGGCGCUCAGCGAGCCGGAGGUCCUCAGCGACUUCUGGAGCUCCGCCGUGCAGGCGAAGACCACCGCCACCAAAACAACCCGCUUCGCCUCCUUUCCGGACCACCUCGUCAUCCAGAUCAAGAAGUUCACUUUCGGUCUCGAUUGGGUCCCCAAGAAACUGGAUGUGAGCAUUGAUGUUCCUGACACCCUGGACCUGGGCGACCUGCGCGCCACCGGCCAGCAGCCAGGGGAGGAGCUUCUGCCGGAAACGGCCCCGCCCCCCCUCAUGACCCCAGACGUGGAGGUCAAAGGUAUCCUGGGUUCCUACGGCAACGAGGAGGACGACUCUCUCUACUCCCCACUGCUGUCCCCCGUGCUGGACGACUCUACCGUGUCCCAGCUGUGUGAGAUGGGCUUCCCUCUGGAGGCGUGCAGGAAGGCGGUGUACUACACCGGCAACACUGGCAUCGACGCGGCCAUGAACUGGGUCAUGGGCCACAUGGACGACCCAGACUUCUCCGCCCCGCUGGUGCUGCCUGGCUGCAGCUCCGCCCCCGGCACCACGCCCACAGAGAGCCUGUCAGAGGAGCACCUGGCCACCAUCGUCUCCAUGGGCUUCAGCCGAGACCAGGCCAGCAAGGCCCUCAGAGCCACGAGUAACGUCCUGGACCGGGCGGUGGACUGGAUCUUCUCCCACCUCGACGACCUGGAGUCCAUGGAGGUGUCCGAAGGAGGCCGCUCGGCCGCUGAGAGCGAGGGCAGCAGGGAGCCCCCCCCCGGCCCCCGGGUCAGAGACGGACCGGGCAAGUACGAGUUGUUUGCGUUCAUCAGUCACAUGGGGACGAGCACAAUGUGUGGCCACUAUGUCUGCCACAUCAAGAAAGACCACCAGUGGGUCAUCUUUAACGACCAGAAAGUGUGUGCCUCAGAGAAGCCCCCCAAAGACCUGGGAUACCUUUACUUCUACCGCAGAGUCACCGAGUGAGCUGAGCGGGAGGAGAAGGGGGCCGCUUAAACCCACAUACACACACCCAUACAGAUGUGCAUACAGGAAAACAAGCGGGCAUAAUCCAACACAUCUCCCCCUGCUCCUAAACCCAUCAGAUCCCUGACGUGCUGGGGAUCCGACAACGUGUGGUUGUAAAUACACCUAUCAGACGACUUAUGUGAUGCACUUAAAGGC